UGCAACAAUCUUCACACCAUUGUUAUUUUAGUAUUUUUUUAUCUUAUAUUUUUGUUGUAAAAUCGGUUAUUGGUUGUGGUUUUUCGUUAAAUUUAGCUCAAAAGCCAAUUAGUGAAUGCCUGAAAUCCGAAUUUUUAUAUUUGUGUAUGAAAUGCGCACUAGCAGCACCGAACAAGGCGUGGGCAAUUCUACAAUUAAAAAUAACUCUGAUGGGAAUCCUCCCCCCGGUCUGGCGCCGUAUUCACGUUUGCAGUUCCGACACUUUUGAGCAGCUCCAAGAACACAUCCAACGUUUCAUGGGUUGGAAACAGUCUCAUCUUCAUGAGUUUGAAACUGAUGAAAAUAUCCACAUUGUGGAUGUUGAUUACGAGGACGUUUUUGGUUUCGAUUUUGAUAAAGUUGUUAAAGAAGACAAAGUGAAAUUAUCACAAUUUUUAAAGACUCCAAACGAUAAAGUCAAAUACAUUUAUGAUUUUGGCGAUAAUUGGGAGCAUCUUGUGGUUUUGGAGAAAAUAUUACCAUUUAAAGACACUGUUUGUUAUCCUAAAUGCGUGGGAGGGCGACGUGCUUGUCCUCCAGAGGACUGUGGGGGCGUUUCGGGGUAUGCCGAGUUGCUGAAGGUUUUAGCCAAUCCUUCACCUUCGGAAUGUGAGAAAAAGGUCAUCUGUUGUUUGGAUCAGUAUUAUCCUAACUUUGAUCCAGAAAGAUUUGAGGUGACUGAAUUCUAGUUGUAAGAACUUCGAAAAUGAAAGAUUUAGUUUUCUAUACUAACUAAAAAGAGCCAAAUUUUUUACUUCAAGUUGAUAUUACGCCAAUUUCACUUUUGUAUUACUUUUAAUAAAUCUAAACCAGACGAUUUUUUAAUGAGCAGGAGUUCUACGUAUUUAUAUUUCAAUUGAGACAUUUUUUCUCUUUUGCUUUGCUAAAAAUUGACAA